AUGGGCAAGACGCUUGCAGAUCAGAUAACGGAACUUGCUAACAAGUCAAAAGUUCCGGACUUUGACAUUGAGGACGAACAAGUUUUUGAGCACGACAGUAAUGCAUCAGGAAGCGAAGCAUCAGAUGAAGAUGAGGCCUUGCAGGCCGCACACUACGUGCAGGUAGGCCGCUCCAAGCUGCGGAACAAGCAUAAUGUGCUUGUCGAGGACAGCAAGUACUCGGGGAGCAAGGGCUCUCGAGAGGCACUCUUUAAUAGCUCUGGCGAGGAAGACGGCUCCGAGUCUGACCGCAGAGGCUCAGACUCCGAUGGCGGCUCUGAUAGCGACAGUGACGCCCCUGAGGCUACGUUGUCCAGUGAGCAAAGCGCUGACGAGAGCGCUCGCUCCGAUUCCGACUCCGGUGACAGCGACAGCGACAGUGGGUCUGACGCAGGUGAGGAGAACAGCGCUGUCGCGGAGGACGCGGAUGCCAAGCGCGAGCGGCUCUCGCAGCUGGUGCGGCUAGAGACCCAGCAAGCCAUGGGUAAGCUGAAUGCCGCUGUGCAGAACGACGCCCUCAAGGGAUAUGCCAUCAUGGAACAGUCGCGCUUUUUUGAGGGCGCCAUCGACGUGCGAAUCAAGCUCCAAAAGGCAAUUGCAGCAGCCAACCAGUUGCCGCUGACCAAGCAGUCGUGGGAAUCACGUCUAGAUGCGCAGGAUGCAGAACUACUGGAGUCUACGUGUAAGCUAUUGCAUAAGGUGGCCGGCAAGUGCGCUGAGCUGAGGACAACCUUCCAGAAUAAGGAGCGCAUAAAUCAGACGGAAAUAGACUACCAGCCCUCAAAGAAGAGAAGCAUAGAUGCAUUGGCAGAGCAGUGCCACGACCUGGACUCGCAGCUGCGUGACUAUAGAGGCGCGGUCUUGCACAUGUGGUCGUCGAAGGUUGCCGCCACAUCGGGGAAGACAGCUCUCUCUUCGUCCAAGUUCAAGGCCAUCAACCAGCCAGCAAACGUCCAGGUUGACAACCAGCUCGCAGAUAUGCCCAGGUUGGUGAAGCGUACCCAGUUAAAUAGAAGAGGUGUGGUGCCACUGGGCUUUGAGGAGGAUUAUAAGCAGAAACGGCUGCCGUUGCUAGACAGCAACUCCGCGCAGGAUGGCGGCCAGGAGGAGGAUGCUGACGUUCCCGCGAACUAUGACCCACGGAAGAAGGAUAAUAACGCCAUCGACGCUAGUGAAAACCCUUAUAUCUUUGAUGACGAAGACUUCUAUCGUGUUCUGCUAAAUGACUUGGUCGACAAGAAGAUACUUAAUGCACAGCAGGGCUCCAACGUCCAGGUAGCUAUAAAGGCGCGCUCACAAAAUAAACUCAAGAAGAACGUUGAUACAAAAGCAUCCAAGGGCCGUAAGUUAAAUUACUCCGUUCAGGAGCCAAUUGCCAACUAUGAAGCGCCCAUCAACGGUGGCUUCAAGUGGUCGGACGAGCAGAUUGACGAAUUCUUUGCUGGGUUACUUGGGCAAAGGGUUAAUUUUGAUGAGCGCGAGACAUCUGAGGCGAAGGAUAACGAAGAGGAAGCUAUUGAACAUGAUGAUCUUCGUAUAUUCGGCUGA